AUGGACGAUACUUUGGGAUUUGAUGAAGCCAGCAAGAAGUCUUCCACGGAAUGGCAAUUAGGUGUCCAGAGUGACUUAUCGCUGGGUGCGAGUUCAAAAACGCAAUCUAUCCGACAGAACCUUUUUGUGAUACCACCGAAAAAAGAAAAAAUACUUAGGCCGACAAUUGACGCGUCUUGGAUGGAAAAGCUGUCGUUUUACCGUUGUUACACGUCCUCCGUGAGCAAGAUUGAAUUAUUGUGCAUGCAACAGAACAGCGUGAACAGGUUUUUAUGGUUUUAUAUAUUCAAUGUACUAUGCAAAAGUUUGCCUAUGGCCUAUGUCUAUAUAUUUCUAAGUACAUACGCACCGGAUCAUCAUUUUUUCCUUUCGAAAAUGGUACCGAUAUGCAAAGUAUAUGAAGAUUCGGAAAUUCAAAUAGUCGAAACAAACGAUGAGGGCCAUCGAACGUAUUUAAUGAACGCAGAUUUUGACUUGUUAGCAGAAUCCAUGACAGCGCCGCCGAUAGCUCAUAUUGUAAGCGCUAGAAGCACAGAUGAGAUAAAGCCAAGUCGAAACAGCGCUGUUAUAAUAACAUCAAAUGCCGUUUAUUAUUUGUUUCGAGCGGCCUUGGCAGAAGUGAUUGUACUAUUUUGGAUAUACCCGUUAGGACAGUUGAUUGAUGAUAUCACUUUCCACUAUGGGAUGUUCCCAACAAGAUUAAGAGUUUGGAGCUUCAUGAUAGUACCAGUAUUUUAUUCAAUAAAGACAUACGUUAUUAUCAAUAGAUUUAACACUGUUCGAGAAGAAAACGAAACGUUCAGAUCGCAACAUAACACAAGAUCGACAUUCAAGUACCAAGCAAUAUUGUUCUUCGUGUUCGCUGCAUACGCUUUUUAUCAAACCACUAUAAAACAAAAGAAGAGAUGGACUAAUUUAUUCAAACCAGCUCCGGAAUGGGGUCCGAAAGAUUUCGAUAGUCGACAGCUUAGGAAACAAUUUGACACUCGUGAGUACAUUGGUUCUCAAGCGCCAAGACCUCUGAGCAGACAUUUAAUAAGUAAAGCGGAAUUGAAAUCAUAUAAACUCGACAUUCCCUAUGAAACUUUCACUCGUCGGACGGACGUGCAAAACGAAAAUGAAAAAUUGUAA